AAUACGCAGUCAAAAUACUGUACACAGAACUUAUAUCAAAAAUAAUACUGAUUGUUAAUACCUCUGUCGAAUAUUUUACAGCCAUAAUAACCAUAGUAUAUUUAUCAACAAGCCAAGAAACUUGCUUUGUUUUACCAUCCAUCGCCACCUAGCUUCCUUAGGACAUCGAGGAGUUACUCAUCAGACGAGCAAUGGAGAAGUUAAGCGAGCAAGACGUAGCAGCAAUGGAGCAGCAGCUGAAGAAUUGUGUGGAGUAUGAUCGUCAGUAUUGGCGUGUCAAUGAUGUGAAGUGUGACGCGAUAUAUACUGCCAAGACUUAUGAGGAGUUUGCGGACCGCGUGGCUGCAGCUCACCUGCGGCCGCUGGAGAGAGCCGACUACAAGGCUAAGCAGCAUGGCUGGAACCAAUUCGCUACCAAGAAGGAAGACAAAGAAUAGACUAAUACUAAGAUGUUGUGUGUAUUAUGAGUAACGAUUUUGUCUAGACUUGCCUACAUUUGCCUCAGCAUUAAGUACUUGGCUGAAUGGAAAAUAACCUAACGCGGUUAGAAUUACCGCCAAAAAAAUAAA